UCGUAACCUAAAAUUUAUUUUCUUUCGACUUGACGGGAAUGACUCGUGCGAAAUCUUGUCGCAAAAUUAAUCAUUGAUGUCGAAGGUUGCAGAUGUUAUAGUUUACGAUUUGAUAUACUCGACGCAUUAUGUCCUUGGUGACCGUGUUGAGGUCUCCGUCAACUUCGGACAGCACGAGUUUGGCCACGGAAGAAUCGGAUAUUGACGAAGAUCAAGAGGAUAGCUCACUGAGUAGGUCUAGAGCGUCAAGUUUUGAAGGGUUCUUUGCAUCUAAGGGAGCUGCAUAUGCCUUACCUGAUGGAGACUUUGCUCGCCGUGCCACAAAACAUGGAGGAGAGAUGCAAUUGCAUUUGCAAGCCAUGGUCAACUUACUGCGGGAUGAAGAUGUGCUCAGACUUGUUAUUAAACUGGAAUGCCAGUAUCCAAACAGAAUUCGCUAUUUAACAAUUGUGUCAGCUUUUGGUCCAGAUGAAGAAGAGCAGAGUAUAAUCAUGGGAGUGGACUGGACUGACAAGGCCACAAUUGGUUUGGUUGUUCCUCUCUACAGAGAUACAGUCAUUAAGUUAGAUGGUGAUGGUGGUUUCAAGAUGACAUCAGCAGAGAAGACAUUCAUUUUCAAGCCCAUUUCUGUGCAAACCAUGUGGACAGCCCUGCAGUGGAUCCACAAGUGCAGUGAAAAUGCUAGGAAGCACAAUUACUAUUACACAAACUGCACAUCUCAUGCCUGGGUUGAUUAUUACUACAGAAAGAUAUCAUCAGACAGAGUGUGUAUGAAUGAAUGGCAGCAAAUGGAUGAACUUGAAUCAAAGCGUCCAGAGUCACCAAUUGGCACAGCGUUAUGAUGAGAGUUGACCUCGAGGAAGUUACUUGUAGACAGAUAAGAAACAUGCUUGAAGAGGAUACACAAAUGGAACUCAAGGAGUACAGAUCUUUUAUUGAUGAAGAAAUGUUAACCAUUUUAGGACAGAUGGACUCUGCAUCCAAAAUAUUUGAUCAUGUGUACCUUGGCUCUGAGUGGAAUGCUUCAAACUUGGAAGAACUUAAAGAAAAUGGAAUCGGAUACAUCUUAAAUAUCACAAGGGAAAUUGAUAACUUUUUUCCUGGGACAUUCAAUUACCAUAACAUCAGAGUUUACGAUUUGGACGACACUGAAUUACUUCAUCAUUGGGAUUACACCUACAAGUUUAUACAGAGAGCCAAAAAUGCGGGUUCGAAAGUUCUUGUGCAUUGCAGAAUGGGAAUCAGCAGAUCAGCGUCAACAGUUAUCGCUUAUGGCAUGAAAGAAUAUGGUUGGUCUUUAGGAGACACUAUGAAGUACGUCAAAGCGCGAAGAAAUGUUGUUCAGCCGAAUGCAGGAUUUUGGAAGCAGCUUAUCACUUAUGAAGGCAUUUUGAAUUCGAGCAAACACCGCUUCAACAAAAUUUUCAGACAUGGGUCAUUCUCAUCAGAUGCAGAGGAGUUGUCUAAGAGUGCGGCAGGAGCUGUACAGAAACGGAAAAAGGAGGAACAAUCACAAGCUACAGUUCAACAAGAAGUUGCGGUCACUGCGAACAAUUUUUCAAAGGAAACUGAAAGCGAUUCAAACUUAAAAGAGGGAGUGUUACCUUUCGAUAGCGAGGGAACAUCUAGCGUUGCUGAGGAUACUACGGUGAAUGCUGAUAAUGUUUUUACGUCCGAAGGCGCUACGCAGGAGGGCAGCGAAGUGGACUGUGUACCCGCGCCUAGUUCACCAACCGCCAUGGGCUCAAAUUUGAUGGUCGAAUCCAGGGAAGAAGAAUGCGUGGGGACAAAUUCUGUGCGAGGAAGCUUGGAAGUUUCGGAAAUUGUUCAGAAGAGUUCGUUACAGAGAGUAAGUUCAGUACCUUCUUUGUCAAAUGAUGACCACAAGGGAAAGGAGUUGGACAGCGAGUCCACAGGAAAAUUUCGUAGAUCGUGCUCCUUACGAGAGCGCGGCCCUAGAAAAUUACAACUUUUUCAGGAUAGCGCGAAAGCUAUGUCCGCCAGCGACGAGAAUCUCAAGGGAUUCGAGCGUAAAAAGAGGGAAAUUCUCGACUUAGAGGAAAUUAAGAAUAAGGAAUGUACUGAAGGUCUUAGUUCUGUGGUCACCAAACCGCAGGGAAGCUUGCUAAGGGAUUUAGAUGGUGUACUUGAAAGCGGUUUUGUGAAACGCCAUUCGAGAAAAUUUGAAGGAGGCGUCCAUUUUGUUCCAUCUGUGACGCUGUCUGAUGAUGUGGACCCUAAGGCAGAAGAAGAAUCUACUUUUGAACUUUCGAAGACAGAUGAAGAUGGUGAUGAAAUUACAGAAGAUACAGAGGAGCAAACUUUCCAAAGCGAAGAACCUGAACCAGGUGUAGUUAGAAAACAUAAGGAAGGUUAUGAGUUGAAAUAUCGAGAGAGUUUAAAGAGACGAGCGUUACUGCAGCGUGGCGUGAGUGAAGAAGCAAAAACUGUUAAACAUGAAGGAAACGAAACGGAAGGAGAACCGGUUGGGGACAAUGAUUCGCCUUCGUUGCAAGCUCAAGAAGGGGAGGAGUGCGGUCGCAUCCAAGGUGUUCUCGUAGAGGCACUUGUUCAGAAGGUGAAUGAGGAUAUGAAAAAGACCGUGUCUGCUCGGAAAAUCUCAGCUUCAAAGAAAGAACAAGAGCUAAGAGUAUUUGUUCAGCAAGCUGGAGAACAAAUGAAAGAGGCUCUGGAUAGUGUUGACGAUGAGCCUUCGAAGGCUAGUUCCAACAACUCUCUGUUCGAUGAUAAUCGAUGUGAGGAAAUCAGUGAUACGUGUAUCGUUAAGAGUAACUCUUUGAAAGACAAACAGGAAGUGCUAAGUAAAAGCACAUCUGCCGAGCCCAGGCAACCUGUCGCGUUCAAGAAUGACUCGAAGAGCUCUACUGUAACUGAAACUUCAGAGGUAUUAGACAGUGGCACGGAUGGGGGAGAAGAUGUCGAAAAUGUCUUGCAGAGAGGUCUUGUGAAACGACACACACUGUUGAUUGAGGGGAAACUGCAGCAACCCGAGCACGAUUCAGAGAAGGAACGUGAAUCUCAAGAGGAAAAAGAAAGCGCAGGUUCAAACGACAGAGAAAUAGUAAAAGAGUUGGUAAAAAGUGAAGUCUGUGAUGCAUCACAGGAAGAAGUGAACUCUGGGUGCACAUUGAUCCCGAGCAUUGAGUCAACAGAUCAGAUAAUCCCAGUAAAAACAGAAAUACCAGAAUCGUCAAAGGAGAGGGAAGAUACAGGGAGUGACCAGGAUGCAACAGACAUACCCGCAAGGGGUUUGGUGAAACGUCAUACGCUGUUGAUUGAAGGAAAGCUUCAGCCAUUGGAUCAAGAACUGGGACAAGAUGGCGUGAAAGAACUUGGAGGAAAAGACAGUGAAAUCUUAAAAGACCAGGAAGCGUCGCAAUGGGAAGGAGACGUGGACAAAGAUCGAGAUCAGCUUGACCUGAACGUUGCACCGGAUGCAAAUAUUAGUGUGGAACCAAUAGCUGAAGGAGGAAAAUUAUCCGAUAUGUCCGACGCUGCAGAAGACAAAGGGAGUGAACAGGACACGGAGGACAUUCCCAAGAGAGGUUUAGUUAAGCGCCAUACACUUUUAAUUGAGGGAAAGAUACAGCCUCUUGAUCAACAGUUGGACAAAGACAUCGAGAAAGAAGUGAAAGAUGGUGUGGUUGCUCUUGAGAAUGAAUCAAUUAAGAAUGAAGAUCACUUGCGGUAUCAAAUCGAGCGGCCUGGCGGUACCUCGGGCGAUCAGUUGGACGAAGUUGACCAGGACAACAAGACAGCGGCUGGGUUGGUAAAGCGACAAAAACAGCGCAUCGAAGAAAAACUCCUUCCAGCAGAAGAACACAGAGAAGAUCGAGAGCAGGAGUUGUCGGGCAACGAGACUGUAACUGUUGAAGCUGAUGAUGAUGGAGAAGUCUGCCAAGGAAGUGAUGAGAAGGUUGAGGACGAUAGUCAUGAAGAUCAAUUACAAGAAAAAGAGCUAAACGAAUUGGGCGUGGAUACUUCAAGUGUUGUGAAAGUUAAGCAACAGACUCAGCAUCUAGAAGGUAUCAUUCGUGUUGCACACGAUGGGGACAAGGUUAAACGGCAAUCCUCUAAGGAAGAGGAUCCGAAGUGUAGCGAGCAAUCGCCGAAAGUCGUAAUAGUCCCUCGUUCGAGUUCAGACGAAACAACGGAAGAUGGCGCGGUGGAUACAGGUAAUGAAGAGAGAAUGGAAGUCCUGAGUGACAGGGCUGUGAACAAGGCUCUGAACAAAGCUCAGGAGAAAUUGGAUUUUGAAAAGGUAAACCUUGAACCGGAGAAAGAGCAGCCUGUUGACUGGGAAUAUGCAAACGUUCGCCAAAGAACGCAAAUCUUCGAAACUAUCAUGGGACGGUCUGAUAAAGACAUUCAAAAAGACGAUGGAGAGAGUGAAAAUCAGACUAACUCGCUCCGUCGGCACGAAUCGAUGUCUAAGGUGUUUCGUGCAUCUGAGAAGCCAGCUAUGCGUCGCCGCUCAGUGUCGGACGUAACCAAGCCUGUUUCGUCAGGUUCCGACCGUAAAGUCGGUUAUACUAUUCAGUUCAAGCAAAAAGUUGCGGAAUCUUCGGGUUCGUCUUCUCUUCCUCGCGACUGGAGUCCCUUUGACAACAAGCAUAAACGUGAAGAUAAAGGACUGUGCCCGAAAGUAGUGUUUUCUUCUGAAAUAAUUCAUCAGGGUGAACUCAAAGAGAAAUCCAACGUAGAACUUAUUGACAACCAGGACAGAGAAAAUCAGGCUUGUCAGAGCAUAAAGGAGACAGUUCAAGUUUUAGAUUCAAAGAAUAAAAAAAUUAUUACUUCAAAUUAGAUGCAAGCCCUUGUGCGUUUAAGUUCUCAAAGGAUCGUUCUUGAAUUUGCUGUUUUCAAGAAAGUUAUUUUUUACUUCGAUUUGAAAUUUAAAUUAUGCAGAGAGAAAUACAUUUACGAAGAAAAUCAUUGACUAUACAUAGUCUUUUGCGACCAAGAAACUUUAUUUUACCACCGAAUUUAAAGCAGUUUUUACUCUUCAAGCAUUUUGCAAAAUUUGGUGGAACAAACCUUUUUAUCGAGGGGACUCAUUGACGGUUUGUCAAAUGAAAAUUUCAAGCUAUUUUACAGUGGAGAAAGCUCGUCAAUUUUUGUAAGAUUUGAAAUUGGGAAUAAUUCCUCAUUAGAGAGGAUUAAAUCUUAGCUGACUUCAAAUUAGAUACCGAUUUUUCGCUCUUGAUCCAUUUUCAAUUUUCAGUGAUGUGUCCACAAUGCCGUGACCUAGAACCGCAUGAUAUUGUUUGUUUGUUCUUGAAAUUUGACUUAAAGCGGUUUUCGAUUGAACGUCCUCACAUCAAGGUCUUAACUCAGGAAUAAACCAGCCAGCGGUCAGUUUUAACCAACGAAAGCGCGUUGCAAGACGCAGGCGGGGAAAAAAGACAGAGAUGUUAUUUAGUCUAAUCGGUAGAUCAAGAAAGCCAGUCACCGAACGAAGUUAAUUGAAGUCAUUAUUGAUGUUUGGGACACAGUCGAGAAUCGCUUUUAUUAACAUAGCUAUAUGGCAACUUUUGUGUACUACACGAGAAUGAUUUCUGAUACCGUUCUAUUUUAUGCCGACUUGAAAUGCAGGUGGAGCAGGUUUAUUUGCGUUUCUUUGAAGUAAGGUUGGAAUCUGGUCAUGCACUUCAAGGAAAGAAUUACUAAAUUAUAAAUUUUGUUGAGUCAAGUCACCAGUUAAAGUUAAUUUUUUACGUGCUCAGUUAGAAAGGCCUGAUGUUUAUAUUAAGAGAAUGUUACAAAUAGAAUCACAGAAAAUAUUUAAUUAUGGCGUCGAUUUUGAAUAAAAGAAAUAUUUAUUGUG